UUAUUUUUAGGAAUGAUUAAAACCAGAAUUAAUAAUAAGUAGGUAAAGUGUUUUAAUUGCAUUGGAAAGAUAUUAUAAAGUGAAUUUUGCGGUGUAAUAAUAUGUCAGAGGCUGGGAUUUUAAGGGUCUUGUACGUUUUUCCAAAUGGAGACAAAUAUGAUGGUGAGUGUUGUACUACCUCUAACGGCAUGGUGAUGAGGACGGGUUUCGGAACGCAGAUCUCGUCCUCUGGGACGACGUACACGGGAGAGUGGAAUAAUGACAAGAUGAACGGCAGCGGGAUGCUUUCACACCCCUCAGGGGCAGUGUACAAAGGCCAGUUCAGAGACAACAUGUACCACGGAAGAGGGACGUAUUAUUUCCCAGACGGGACCAAAUACUCCGGAACGUUCCAUAACAACAGACUUGAAGGUGAGGGCGAGUUCACUGACUCGGAGGGACUCGUGUGGACUGGAAACUUCUAUAGAAAUGCAGCGCCAGGGCUCAAGCUCAAAUUUAAUAUGUAACACACACACACACACUCAGCCUUAAUACAGACAGUUCGGAAUCAGCAAAUGAGCACGUGUUCAUCUUACAACAAAGCACUGACUGUCUCGGUAUGGGGGAAAAGGGUUCUUCUGAAACGUCCUUCGUUUUUUUGUAACUUCUCUCCAGUACUGGGAAUUUUUAGGAUUGUAUUUUGUUUGUCAGCGAUGAACAGAAUUCUGUUUAACUUUAUUGCUGUAGAUAUUUGAACUCUAUUUUUGCUGUAAGAUAAAAGUGUGGUGAUACACAGCUGUUACACACUAUAUUUUUUAAUACAAUCCUAAAUAAUAAUGCAAAUAAAAAGACAAUAACUUUCUUGUCUUGUUUAGUUGAGACAUAAAUACAUUGUACAUUGUU